AUGAAUGGCCAACCACCUCCUGGUGAUGUUUCGGUUGCCAAUGGCACUGAACAGUCCAUUGUUCCUAAAAUCAUGAAGCAUCAGUUGGGAGCCAGCACCUGUUCCAGAUCCCAAGCAGAGGCUGCCCCAUCUACCACAGCCAGAAGUAUUGCUGGGGUGUAUGUGGAGGCCUCAGGGCAGACCCAGAGCUUCUAUGCUGCCAUGAAGCAGGGUCUCCUGCCUACUGGACUUGGGCUGGCUUUGCUUGAGUCCCAGGCAGCCACUGGGGGCCUUGUGGACCUUGCCCAAGGCCAGAUGUUUUCUGUGUCUGAGGCUCUGAGGCAGGGUCUGGUGGGACUGGAACUAAAGGAGAAAUUGUUGGCUGCUGAACGUGCAGUUACUGGCUAUCCUGACCCCUAUGGGGAUGGAAAGCUGGCCCUCUUCCAGGCCAUCAGGAAGGAAAUUGUGGACAGGACCCUGGGGAUGAGAUGGCUGGAGGCCCAAUUAGCUACUGGAGGCCCCGUGAACCCAACUCAAGGUGUGCGAGUGGCCCCAGAGGUAGCUUGCCAGCAGGGCCUUUUAGACCAGGAGACAUGGCUCAUCCUAGUGGAAUCAGAGGCCGGCAUGGGUGCCCCAGGGUUUUUUGACCCCAAUACACUGGAACAGCUGCCAUACUGCAUGUUGUUAGAUAGGUGUGUGCAAGACCCCAGCUCAGGCCUGCCCCUAUUGCCCUUGAAGACCACCUUUCAUACCCUGGGUGGAGCAGCCAGCGCCUCAAUGCUGCUGGAGGCAGGAGUACUGGAUGAGGAGACAGUUCAAGGCCUGCAGGAGGGCACACUGGUGGUAUCAGAUGUGGCCACUCGCCCUGAGGUGCAACGUUAUUUGGAGGGUGUUGGAGGGUUGGCAGGGGUUGUCCUGUUGCCUGGAGGCCACAAGAAGAGCUUCUUCCAGGCUACAGUUGAACACUUGCUCUCUAAGGGCAUUGCACUACAACUCUUGGAGGCUCAGGCUGCCACCCGCACCCUUGUGCACCCAGCCACAGGUCAGCGACUAUGGGUGGAGGAGGCAGUCAGAGAAGGUCUGGUUGGCCCAGAACUCCAUGAGCAGCUCCUGGUUGCAGAGCAAGCAGUGACUGGGUAUUAUGACCCCUUCAGCAGCUCCCGCAUCCCCCUUUUUCAGGCAAUGAAGAAGAAGCUUGUGGACCAGCCACUGGCUCUGCGCCUCCUAGAUGCUCAGCUGGCCACAGGUGGGCUUAUAUGCCCAGCCCGCAGAUUCCGGUUGCCUCUGGAGGCUGCCCUGCGCUUUGGCUGCCUGGAUGCAGAGACUCAGCAACAUCUCUCUCAGGCAAUGAGCUUUUCAGAUCCCACCACACAUGAUAGCCUUCACUAUGAACAGCUGCUGGCCUACUCUGUCACUGACUCAGAGACAGGGCUUGCUUUCCUGCCUCUUCCUGGAGGACCCCAUGCAAAAGAGUCCCAAGGACCCACAUUUAUUGACCACUGUACUCGGCAGGCCUUGAGCAAGGCCACAACCUCUGUCUCUCUAGGGAAGUUCCGAGGCCGGCCUGUAUCCCUCUGGGAAUUGUUCUUUUCUGAGGCAGUGCCUGUUAAACAGAGGGCAAUGCUUGCCCAGCAGCACCAGAAAGGGGCCCUAUCAGUGAAUGAGCUUGCAGCUGAGCUGAAGGCCAUUGUUGAGCAGGCUGCAGCCACUGCCAAAGUCACCUUUGCUGGGUUGAGGGACACUGUGACAUCAGGAGAACUGCUGAAGGCUAAGAUAAUCAACCAGGACCUGUUUGAGCAGCUGGAACGUGGACAGACCUCAGCCCAGGAUGUGGGCAGCCUGGACUCAGUGCAAAGGUACCUGCAGGGCACAGGUUGCAUUGCAGGCCUACUGAUGCCUGACUCCCAGGAACGCCUCAGUAUUUAUGAGGCCCGUAGCAAGGGGCUUCUCAGGCCUGGUACUGCCCUGAUCUUGCUUGAGGCCCAGGCUGCCACAGGCUUUAUCAUUGACCCAAAAGAAAAUAAGAGAUACUCUGUGGAGGAAGCACUGAGGGCUGGUGUCAUUGGGCCUGAUGUCUAUUCAAAGCUACUGUCAGCAGAACGUGCAGUCACAGGCUACACAGACCCUUACUCUGGGGAGCAGAUCUCCCUCUUUCAAGCCAUGCAGAGGGACCUUAUUGUUAGAGACCAUGGCAUCCGCCUGCUGGAGGCCCAGAUUGCCACGGGUGGGGUAAUUGACCCUGUGCACAGCCACCGUGUGCCCGUGGACGUGGCCUAUCAGCGUGGCUACUUUGACCAGAUGUUGAACUCUAUCUUGUUGGACCCAUCUGACGAUACCAAGGGAUUCUUUGACCCCAACACACAUGAAAAUCUCACCUACCUGCAGCUUCUGGAGCACUGUAUACACGACUCUGAGACAGGCUUGCACCUCCUGCCACUUAGUGGUACACGACCCCAGCUGGUAGACUGCUCCACUCGGCAGGCCUUUCAGAAUCUACUGCUGUCCGUGAGGUAUGGACGGUUCCAGGGGCAGAGAGUUUCUGCAUGGGAGCUGAUUAAUUCAGAAUACUUCAGAGAGGACUGGAGGAGGCAGCUGCUGCAGCAUUAUCAGCAGCGCAAGGUCACACUGGAACAGGUCACUCGGCUGCUGGAGGAAGAGAUGAAGAAGUGGGCAGACAUCACACUGCCUGCACUAUGCGGCCAGGUCACUGCCUACCAGCUCUUAGAGGCACACAUCAUCAACCAGGAGCUCCUGGACCGUGUGCUGAUGGGGACGGUCAGCCCAGAUUCCCUUCUUCACAUGGGUGAUAUUCACAGGUACCUUCAGGGCUCAGGCACUGUGGGUGGUGUGGUACUACAGCCCUCCAACCAGCGAAUCAGUCUCUACCAGGCCAUGAAGCAGAAGCUUCUGGCGCCAGGUGUAGCCCUGGCCUUGCUGGAGGCCCAGGCAGCCACUGGAGCCAUUACAGACCCCUGUAGUAUGGAGACCCUGUCAGUAGAUGAGGCUGUGUGCAGGGGAGUGGUGGGAGCAGAAGUAUAUGGCAAGCUAAAACGAGCAGAGCAUUCUAUCACUGGCUACAGAGACCCCUUUUCUGGAAAAAAAGUGUCCCUGUUCAGGGCUAUGAAGAAGGGCCUUGUCCCUUUGGAGCAGGGAACCCGCCUAUUAGAGGCCCAGGUGUCCACAGGAGGUGUCAUUGAUCCCAUAACCCACCUCCACCUCCCCAUGCCUGUGGCAGUCCAGCGUGGCUGCAUUGACCAUGACAUGGAGGUGGUCUUGUCCAGCUCUCCUAAGACCUUUCCCACACCUGAUGGCCAGGGACACACCAGCUAUGCCCAGAUUCUGGAGCAAUGUCUCCAGGACAAAGCCUCUGGGCUUUACCUCCUGCCCCUGACAGAAGAUGCUCCUGCUAUUCCCACUGAUACCCAGAUCCAGGAGACCCUACAAGCAUCAGCUGCCACUGAGGAUGGUGUAUCCCUCUGGGAUCUGCUCACCUCUUGCCACUUUACUGAGGAGCAGCGCAGGGGCUUCCUUGAGGAUGUGAGGGUUGGGAAGAUUUCAGUGCCAGAGCUCCAGGACACUGUGUGUAGCUGGGUGCACGCAGCUAAGCUCCUGGCCCUGGCCCACAUCACUGUUCCAGGCCCACGGGGUGAAGUCCCUGCUGUUUGGCUACGAGAUGCUGGUAUUAUUACCCAAGAGACACUGGAAGCAUUGGCACAGGGCACACAGUCACCUGUCGAGGUAGCUAAACAGCCUGCUGUAAAGGCCUGCCUCUGGGGCACAGGCUGUGUGGCUGGUGUGCUUCUGCAGCCCUCGGGGACUAAGUUGAGCAUUGCCCAGGCCGUAAAGAAUGGCCUCCUGCCCACAGGCCUGGGCCAGCAGCUUCUGGAAGCCCAGGUAGCAUCUGGCUUCCUUGUCAAUCCAUUAACCAACCAAAGAUUGUCGGUGGAGGGUGCAGUGAAGGCCGGCCUGGUGGGCAGGGAGCUGAGUGAACAGCUGCGGCUGGUGGAGCUGGCAGUCACAGGAUAUUCAGACCCUUAUUCAGGAGGCUCCCUUUCUCUAUGGCAGGCCAUGGAGAAGGGGCUUGUAACCAAGAGUGAGGCCUUUCCUCUCCUCCAAGUCCAGCUGGCUACUGGUGGUGUUGUGGACCCUGCUCAUGGAGUGCGCCUGCCCCAGGCAGUGGCCUGCAGGCUUGGCCUCCUGGACGAGCAGACAAGCCAGUUGCUGACUGCCACUGAGAAGGAAAGCAAGCUCUUCUUUGACCCAAACUCCCAUGAAAAGAUGACAUACCAGCAGCUCAAAGAACUCUGCGUUAUGGAUGCUGCCACUGGCCUGUGGCUGCUGCCACUGCCCCAGGACACUGUGCUUGAGGUGGAUGACCACACUGCAGUGGCACUGAGGGCUAUGAAGGUGCCCAUCAGCAUGGGGAGGUACCAAGGACACAAUGUGUCACUCUGGGAUCUGCUACACUCUGAGUAUGUUGGACCUGAGAAACGGCGAGAGCUGGUGGCACUUUGUUGUUCCGGGCGGGCUGCUGCCCUGCGGCAGGUCAUCAGUAUGGUCACCACCCUGGUGGAAGCCACAGAAAAGCAGCCCCCACAGGCCACCUUCAAAGGACUCAGGAAGCAGGUUUCAGCUGGGGACUUGUUUAGGUCCCAGCUGAUCAACAAGCAGACACUGGAUGAACUCAAUCAGGGGAAGAGGACAGUCCAGGAAGUAACAGAGAUGGACAGUGUGAGGAGGUCCCUGGAAGGAGGCAACUUCAUCGCUGGGGUCCUUAUUCAGGGUACAAAAGAGAAGAUGAGUAUCCCAGAGGCCUUGAGAAGGCACAUUCUGAGGCCAGGCACAGCUCUGGUAUUGCUGGAGGCACAGGCAGCCACCGGUUUCAUCAUCGACCCCGUGGAGAACAGGAAGCUAACUGUAGAGCAAGCCUUCCAAGCAGGGAUGUUUGGCAAGGAAACCUAUAUGAAGCUGUUAUCAGCUGAGCGUGCUGUCACUGGUUACACAGACCCCUACACAGGGGAACAGAUCUCCCUCUUCCAGGCCAUGCAGAGGGACCUCAUCGUCAGGGACCAUGGCAUCCGUCUGCUGGAGGCCCAGAUCGCCACGGGUGGCAUCAUCGACCCUGUACUCAGCCACCGUGUGCCUGUGGACGUGGCCUACCAGCGCGGCUAUUUUGAUGAGGAGAUGAACCGUGUAUUGGCUGACCCCAGUGAUGACACCAAGGGAUUCUUCGACCCUAACACACAUGAGAAUCUCACCUACCUGCAGCUGUUGGAGCGCUGUGUGGAAGACCCUGAGACAGGCCUGUACAUGUUGGAAAUUGUAAAGAAGGGACAGACCUACAUGCAUAUUGAUGAGGCCACAAGGCAAGCUCUGAGAUCCAGAACUAUGAAAAUGUACAUAGGGAAGUUUUCAGGCCAGACAGUGUCCAUGUGGGACCUGCUCUCUUCUCAGUACUUCACAGAAGGAAGGAAAAGAAAGCUUUUGCAGGAGUACAGAGCCCAGAAGAUAGGCCUAGAGAAACUGGUAGAGGUUAUCAUCUCCACUGUGGAAGAAACAGAGAAGCAAAACCAAAGAUUCAAGAUGGCAGGCAUCCGUGGUGACGUGACUGCUGCAGAACUGUUCAACUCUGGGAUCCUUGAUAAGAAAACCCUGGAUAUGCUUCACAGUGGGGAGAGAGGGUGCCAGGAUCUCUGCCAGCUGGGGCAUGUCAACAUCUACCUGGAAGGGAGCAAUUGCAUUGCUGGGGUGACUGUACCACUCACCCAGGAGGUAAUGAGCUUCUAUGAGGCCAGCAAGGAAGGACUAAUCCCAGCAGGGUUUGCAGCUCAGUUGCUGGAGGCACAGGCUGCCACUGGGUACCUAAUGGACCCCCAUACCCACCAGAGACUACAUGUGGAUGAGGCCAUAGCAGCCGGGCUGGUGGGUGAAGACCUGAGAGAAAGACUUGUGAAUGCAGAGAGGGCAGCAAAGAGCUACAGAGACCCAGUCACAGGAGAGACCAUCCCACUAUUCCAGGCCAUGGAGAAGAAGUUAGUCAGGAAGGAGGAAGCACUGAGGUUGCUGGAGGUACAGGUGGCCACAGGUGGAAUCAUUGACCCACUGCACCACCACCGAGUUCCCCUGGAAACAGCCUGCAGGCGUGGCUGUCUCAGUGAUGACACAGUUGUACUCGUUGCUGAUCAGAAGCAUAUGAGGAAAAGGUUUGUGGAUCCCAACACACAGGAGAAGGUCACAUACCAGGAGCUGCAGGACAGGUGCCAGAGGGAGGAGAAGUCAGGCUGGGCUCUGUUCCCAGUGGUAAAGGACAAAAAGGACAUGGAGUAUGUUGAUGAGGCCACCAAAAGGGCUCUGGAGGCAGAGCAGGUGGAGGUGACUAUGGGGAGGUACAGCGGCCAGAGGAGAUCUGUGUGGGAGCUGCUGAACUCAGAGUAUGUGACAGAGGAGAAAAAGAUUGAGUUAGUGAGGAUAUACAAAGGUGACACAUACCGGGCACUAAAAAGAGUGGUAAAAGUUAUUCUACAAAUGAUAGCAGAAAAGGAAGGAAAACACAGACAACUAUGGUUCAGAGGAUUGCGGACACAAGUCACUGCGGAGGAAUUAGUAAACUCAGCUAUUAUUACAAGACAGACACUGAAAGAUCUGGAAGAAGGCAGAACCACUGUAGAUAAAAUUGAAAGCAAUGAAGACGUGAAAAGAUAUCUCCAGGGCACCGGAUGCAUUGCGGGUGUCCUGGUGCCCGUGCAGGGGGAGCCCGGCCGGCAGGAGAAGAUGAGCAUCUACCAGGCCAUGUGGAAGGGCGUGCUGAGGCCCGGCACAGCCCUGGUGCUGCUGGAGGCGCAGGCGGCCACCGGCUUCAUCAUCGACCCGGUGCACAACCGCAGGCUGUCGGUGGAGGAGGCCGUGGCAGCGGGCGUGGUGGGAGGCGAGGUCCAAGAGAAGCUGCUGUCUGCUGAGCGGGCCGUCACUGGCUACACGGACCCCUACACUGGCGAGCAGAUCUCCCUCUUCCAGGCCAUGCAGAGGGACCUCAUCGUCAAGGACCACGGCAUUCGGCUGCUGGAGGCCCAGAUUGCCACGGGUGGGGUCAUUGACCCCACGCACAGCCACCGUGUGCCCGUGGACGUGGCCUACCAACGCGGCUACUUUGAUGAGGAGAUGAACAGCAUUCUGGCAGAUCCUGGCGACGACACCAAGGGCUUCUUCGACCCCAACACACACGAGAACCUCACCUAUCUGCAGCUGCUUCGUCGCUGUGUGCGGGACCCAGAGACUGGCUUCUACAUGCUGCAGCUGGCGGGAAAGGGCUCCACCGUGCACCACCUGAGCGAGGAACUGAGACGUGCCCUCCGAGAAGCCCGAGUGACGCCAGGCACGGGCGACUUCCAGGGCCAGAGCAUCUCUGUCUGGGAGCUUCUCUUCUACCGUGAGGUGCCCGAGAGCCUGCGCCAGGACCUGCUGCGACGGUACCAGGCUGGCGGGCUGACCCUUCAGGACGUGAGCUCUACCCUCACCUCCCUGCUGGCCCGAACCAGGGAUGGGAGCCCAAGUGUAGACGCCCAGGGGACCCUGGGGAAGGCCACCAUGGAAGUGAAAGUGGGCCGUCUCCGGGGCCAAGAGGUGCCGGUUUGGGACGUUCUGUCAUCCAGCUACGUGAGCAGGGACACGAGGAAGGAGCUGCUGGCCCAGUUCAGCUCUGGGACGCUGACUCUGCCCAUGCUGACCCGGAGACUGACCACCAUCAUCGAGGAAGCCGAGGAGACCCAGGAGUCCACGCCAAAGCUGACUGUUGCCUCCCUCGACCAACAGGAGACCCGGGGCAGAAGCUCGGGGACCCUCGCGGACAAGGGCAAGGGCAAGGUUGAGGACGAUGCCGCAACUGCCAGGCAGAAUCAGGAGCAGGCUCUGCGUGCUGCCACCAUGCGGGUCCAGCGUGGGCAGUUCCGGGGCGAGCCAGUUUCCGUGUGGCAAGUCCUGUUCUCCCCGUACCUCAGUGAGACCCGCCGAGAGGAGCUCCUUGCCCAGCACUUGGCUGGCACCCUGGGUCAGCGUGAGCUCAUCACCAUCCUCACGCAGGUCGUCGAGGAGACGGAAGAAAGGCUCAGCAAGGUGUCUUUCCCCGGGCUGAGGCGCCAGGUAACUGCAUCUGAGCUGCACACAUCCGGGAUCAUAGACCCCGAGACUCUGCGGGAUCUGGCACAGGGGACCAAGACCCUGCGGGAGGUGACGGAGAUGGACUCUGUCAAGCGGUAUCUGGAGGGCACCAGCUGCAUUGCGGGUGUCCUGGUGCCCGUGCAGGGGGAGCCCGGCCGGCAGGAGAAGAUGAGCAUCUACCAGGCCAUGUGGAAGGGCGUGCUGAGGCCCGGCACAGCCCUGGUGCUGCUGGAGGCGCAGGCGGCCACCGGCUUCAUCAUCGACCCGGUGCACAACCGCAGGCUGUCGGUGGAGGAGGCCGUGGCAGCGGGCGUGGUGGGAGGCGAGGUCCAAGAGAAGCUGCUGUCUGCUGAGCGGGCCGUCACUGGCUACACGGACCCCUACACUGGCGAGCAGAUCUCCCUCUUCCAGGCCAUGCAGAGGGACCUCAUCGUCAAGGACCACGGCAUUCGGCUGCUGGAGGCCCAGAUUGCCACGGGUGGGGUCAUUGACCCCACGCACAGCCACCGUGUGCCCGUGGACGUGGCCUACCAACGCGGCUACUUUGAUGAGGAGAUGAACAGCAUUCUGGCAGAUCCUGGCGACGACACCAAGGGCUUCUUCGACCCCAACACACACGAGAACCUCACCUACUUUCAGCUUUUGCAGAGAGCCUCUGUUGAGCCAGAGAGUGGAUUGCUGUUUCUCACCGUGUCUGAAUGCUGAUUGUUUAAUUUAGGUUUUGAUAGGUCCUACAGGGCUUGCACUCUUCAUGAUUUCGAUUGUUAUACUCUCUUUAUAGAGAUAAUCUGAGUUGUCUUUUCAGGUUUCAAGUUUGGUUUAUGUUUUCUUUUUCCUAUCCUAAGUGCUUUUAUUUUGAUCAUUGUUUUACCAUUUAUGUCUUCUGUUUCUUUUUUUUCUGCAUAAAUUUUUCAUUUUGUUUUGUUUUACUAUAUUCAGUUGUUGUUUUGGUGCAAACCUGGACGUGGAAGGAGUGAUGUUUUCAUAUGGCCUCUAACUCUAUUCCAUACAAUGCCAUGUUUACUCACCAUGGUGUCCACACUGCUCCUAAAUCCACUGGUGAUCUUCCUUCCUUUGUCUCCUAAGCUCUGGUUUAUAGGUGUAAGCCACCAUGCUUGGCAAAAUACUUCAACAUUUGAAAUAUGGACACUUUUCACCGAUGUGUAUCAAUUUCCCUUGUGCAUUUAGCAUAGUGUUUCUUUUUCCCUCUCCAUGUACCACAUUGCGUUUUAGUGCAUUCAUGUCUUUGAUAAUAAAUGAGUUUCUGACAGUAAAAUG